AUGGAAAGAUCCCCUGUCUUGCUUGGGGGUGGUGAUGACACAUGGAUGGAGUUCUCCAAACUCGAAACGCAGCCGCGGCUGUGCAGUUUGGCAACUCCACGCGCCUCUAGCAGCUCGCUCGGAUGCAAGCCAAGGAGCAGGAGAGGGAGCUCGGCGGCCGCUGACGUCAGCCGGGCGGGGCCGGGUCCCUAUAAAGCCGGGGGGACAGCGGCAGCCCCAGCGGCGGCCCGCCAGCGCCUCGCCAUGAGCAGCCACAACUCCUCCCGGCUCCACGCCGCCCCCGCCGGCGGGUGCAGCUCCGGCCAGAUGCUCCUGCAGCCCAGCUCCGGCCAGAUGCUCCUGCAGCCCGCCUGGGACCUCCUACGGAGCCGGGAGGCGCUCACCCAGUCGCCCUUCUUCCCGGUCAUCUUCUCCAUCACCACGUACGUGAGCUUCUGCCUGCCCUUCGUGGCGCUGGACCUCCUGUGCCCCCGGGUGCCCGCGCUGCGGCGCUGCAAGAUCCAGCCCGACUGCACGCCCUCGGCGCGGCAGCUGCUGUGCUGCCUGGCGCGGACGCUCUACCAGCACCUGGUGUUCGUGUUCCCGCUGACGCUGCUGCACUGGGCCCGCGGCCCGGCCCCGCUGCCCGCCGAGGCCCCCGCGCUGCCCCAGCUGCUGGGCCACGUCGCGCUCUGCCUGCUGCUCUUCGACGCCGAGUUCUUCGCGUGGCACGUGCUGCACCACCGGGUGCCCUGGCUGUACCGCACCUUCCACAAGGUGCACCACCAGCACGCGCCCUCCUUCGCGCUGGCCACGCAGUACCUGAGCGCCUGGGAGCUCUUCUCCCUGGGCUUCUUCGACACGGUGAACGUGGCGCUGCUCCGGUGCCACCCGCUCACCGUCCUGGUCUUCCACACGCUCAACAUCUGGCUGUCGGUGGAGGACCACUCCGGCUACGACUUCCCCUGGUCCACGCACAGGCUGGUGCCCUUCGGGUGGUACGGGGGAGUGGUGCACCACGACCGUCAUCACUCCCACUUCAACUACAACUUCGCCCCCUACUUCACGCACUGGGACAGGCUCCUGGGGACGCUGUGGCACCCUCACGCCAACUAGCCCGCACCCCUUCCCCGCACCCCUCCCGUGUGUGGGGGUGCUUAGGGGCGGCUGCGGUGGGCAGAGGGGUGCCCACCCUCGGAACCAGGACUGUUUGUGCCUUUCACACUUGAAUCAGAAGAAACACGCCUGAGCUCUUUUUAUUUGUUAGUAAGUAAUUUAUUACCCGCUGGAAAUUACCUGAUGAAUUAAUUUAUAUAAUUUUUUUUUUGUAUAUCAAUAAUUGUAUACUGGGUGUUUUGAGUGCUAGCUCACUCCAGUAGCCUUGAUUCCUGGAUCAAUGUAAACGUGUAUCACUGGCAUAUUUAAAUCAUUUCUAAACGGAUUUGUUUGUAGGACAAAAGGAUGUCCUAUGCUUGAAAGGGUCCUAGAAUGAGACUAAAAAGAAAAAUGUAUUUUUUAAAAUGGAGAAUCUGAUGUCUGAUGCUAUACACAAUGCACUAUGUUCCUGCUGGACAGUAACUAAGAUGAUCAUUCUUUUUUCCUAUUUUUAUCAAAGAAUUUUAUAUUUAUAUGGAAAGAAAUGUUAUUUAUGCUUAAAAAAAAAAGAAUAUGAACCAAAUAA